AACAGCUGCGCGAAGUCAAUGUGGGACACCCAGAACAGCAAUCGUGUAAAAAUGUGGAAAAUGUGGAAAGAACUGCGGCUGAUGGGCAGAAUUACCAGGCAAAGAUGUGCGGCUCUCCAGACAAAGCCCACCAUGUACCGUUUGUCUAGCUCCAGCACCGCCCAACCCGACAGUGAAUCGUUCCUCAUUUACGAUAAGGAUCCGGCUCCUGCGUUCAUGCGGGACGAUGUACAACAGAUCCUGAAGUCCAUCACACGUCUGGAGCUGGACAAGGUUUUCCGAAAACGCUCGGUAAAAGACAAUACGGUCGAGUAUCGCUUCAUGACGGAUGAACAGUUACGCCAGGAACUGCGUAAAUCGAUCGGAGAUGCCCAAAAAAUGCUACAGAUGCCACCGGUCGUACAGGAACAGGAGGACAUCCGUAGAAUCAUCUCGAAAGACGGCGCGUUGAAGGCACUGUCUACGUCGAAGUUUGUCUUCACCGACAUUACAUACGGUUUGAAGAAUAGCCAGCGAUCGAUUGUGGUGCGCCAUCCGGAUGGCACUUUGCAGGAAGCUCCGUACGAGAUGAGAAAACGGUUGACUCAGAUCUACUUCCCACUUAAUGGUCGCUCCAUUCAUCAGCCACCAAUGUUCGAACACGUAUAUCUGCAACGGCUGCUCGAGGAGGGCAAGUACGAGUUCAUCCUGGAUCGGGCUUGCGUGCAAUUUGAACCAUAUGAAAAAGAGUACCACCAAAUCACGGCUAAAGUUUACCAACACAUCAACGAGAACCGAUCAUUCGACGCAUUGCGCUCGACGCGUCACUUCGGUCCGUUUGUGUUCUUUCUUGCCUGGCAUAAGCUAAUCGACGAUCUUCUACUUGAUAUGGUCAAGCAGGACUAUCUGCGGAACGGGAUCGAGCUGGUCGUGCUCUUCUCAACGCUUCAUGGUAUCGCGAUCGAUGGGAGCGUGCAGCAGAUCGCAUUAGAAACCCAAAUGCCUAGCCUAUUUGAUGCACCCGAAAAAUCGAUUGAUGAGCUGAAACGGGAUGAGCUAUUCCUGGGCAUAAUCGAACAAUUUGUGAAAGAGCACGCUACAAAGAAGGUGCAACUGAACCUCGCUAUACAGGCGUACCGAGAAAUGGCAAUGGAGAAACUUCGGCUUGCCGAGGGCAUAAGGAGAAUGCAUGGUGAGAGCUGA